GUUGGACAAAAGCUCCCUAUGCUUAUUUCUGCACAUAACAGUUUUUCAAGUAAACUUACUGCGGAAAAAAUGCCUCCGUCCCUCUCCCCUAGCCCCGACACUCACCCGCGGCGGCGACGCCCGGCGCCACGAAGCUUCCACCCAGUUGAUCCCUCGCUCCACAUUUCUUCCCCAGUCCUUGAAUGUUUCCCCACCAACCAAUCUUCUCCAGUCUUCCUCCCUUCCAUUCAAAGCUCCCUCUGUCCACCUGAGGAGGGAGAAAUCUUCGUAGACUCCCCCCUAGAUCCAGGCUGUUCUGAAGCUGGAGAAGAGAUCCCCCAUGGAUCUAACCUCCAUCUGCCCGUUUCUGCAACGGAUGGGGAUCGAGGUAAGGAGACCGGAUCUAUCUCAAAAUCAAUUUCAAAUCUGCAUUCAUCCCAGCAUAUCCCCAAGCAGAUCUCCAAGCAGAUUUCAAAUCCCCCCGCCGGCCCAAUGUCUUCUCGGCCUCUUUACUCCGCCGUACUUCGACAAGAUGGACAUCCACCAGUAGCUCGGCGCCUACCGAUUGCAAAUCACCUCAAUCCCUCAAUUCUUGGCCGCCCACCGCCUCCUCCGUCUUCAAGAGUGUUGAGCAGUGGGAAAGUUGUUGAUUUGACGAGACGCCAUUACCACCCCCCCUCUUUCCCGAAGCUGUGCUACUUCCAAGACUGAGAAAGAGCAGCCAUGGCAAGAAGUUAAGCAAAGGUUCUAGUGGAGGAAAGGAUCCUCAUUCAAUUCUCCUAACAACCAAGAGAUCAUGGCUGCAAGAAAGAUCCGAUUCCUCAAGCACACAGAAGGUAAAUGCUUCCGCUGCCUCCAACCCGGUCAUAAAGUUGCAGACUGCAGGGAUCCUCUUCGUUGUUGGUUUUGCAGAAGAUUUGGUCACCUCUCCUCAGCCUGCAGAGAACGCCGCUAUAAAUUGCAACAACAAGUGCAGUUUCAUCCGCCAUCCUAGCAACCAUCUCCACCACCAGCGCCACCACUGCUUUCCUCCACAGUGUUCCCUCCUCUCAACAACCAUCUGAACACUUCCUCUGCUCCUCCCACCAUGGCCUCGGUCCCAAGUGACUUGGCCUCUCGCCCUGACCUGGGUAGCUGCAUGGUGGCGGCGACAAGUGAAAUGGAACGUCUGAAGCAGCUCUUCACGGCAAGAUCGGUGGUGGCCUGGUCUGAUGAAGGCCAGAAGGUGGAGAUCGGCACAUUUGCUGAUGACAUCCGUUCGGCCUUCCGUAUCCAUCGCUCCGACAUUCAGAUCACGAAGUUCUAUCCAGAAGACUUCUUCCUCACUUUUGUUAACCAUAGCGAUCGUGAGGAAGUGCUGCAAGAGCCAAGGCUGGUAACUCGAAGUGGGAGAGUGUAUCACUUCAAGCCAUGGAAUGAAAGGCGCAAUGCUGAAGUAAUUGAUGUUCGCUUCCAUGCCCGAGUCUGCAUUGAAGGUAUCCCAAUGCAUGCAAGAUCAGAAGAAGUGGCGACAAAGAUCAUUGGCUGCAAGAGUUCAGUCCACUACAUAGAAGAGUACUCCCGUCGCCGGAACUACAACCGUACCUUUGAUCUUUGGAUUUGGAGCUCAGACUUGAGCAGCUCCAUCCUGAAGGCUUCAAGUUUCUCUAUCACAAGGCCAGACAGUGAAGCAAGAGCCACUGAUGUUCCUUUUCCUGAGUUGGAGCCGCCCCGGAUGCCGGGCAUUCUUCCGCAGUUGUUUCUCCUCUUCCCCAACCUCUCUCACCUGAUCUGUUGCCCGUGUCACAGGAUCAGAGGGCUUUGCUCUUGCUUGAAAGACACCUGGAUCCUAUGUUCUAUGAGGCCACGAUGGGAGGUUCCAUCUACUCCCCUGAUACUUCCCUGCCUCGUACUGCCUCUCCUGUGUUUGUUCUUUCAGCUGCUGCAGACUCACAGGCGACACCAGUUGAGGUGACCCGGCAUGAUGUGGAGGAGUUCCUGGCGGAGGUGACCACACCCAUCCAGCAGCCACUCCUUCCUGCGCCAGGAACCAAGCCACGCCGCCCAUGCUGCAACAAGCACUACAAGAAACUGCUCUCCCCAGCAGACAUGAAGACAAUCACGACACUGGUGGAGAAUGGAGGCUGCAAAGGCAUUCGGCUGCGUGCCAAGAAGGCGGCAUCGGUGGUGCCGAUAUGAAGCCCCAACCGUGACAGAAGACUGCCGGCCAACUGUUGAUGAUGUUAAGUAGAUGGCUUUUGAUGUUUGUAAUGCAAAUGUGCACCUCUUUGUGUUUCUGCCAAGUUUCUUGGCUGUGUUUCAGAGAUGGCCAUUUGCAUCACAAGUCCUCCCCUGCAGAUGGAGUCUCCCCCAGUAGUAAUGACUUUUAUUCAUGUCGCAGUUGAACUGUUUCAUCCUCAAUUGGAAUGUCAGAGGCUUGAACAGCCAAGUUAGAAAAAAAAGUGUUAAGCUGUUGGUAGAGCAGAUGAAUGCUACAAUAGUUUGUCUCCAAGAAACAAAGAUGAAUCAAAUCUCUGAUGUGGAUGUUUUGCAUACUCUGGGUUCUCGUUUCAAAAACGAAUUUGCUUUUCUCCCUGCUGAUGGAACCAGAGGAGGAAUCCUCCUAGCCUGCAACGAUAACUAUUUCAGCCUCUCUAAUGUUCUCCGGAAGCAGUACAGUCUCACAGCCACAGUGACUAUGAAAAAUGAUGGCAUCGCAUGGACGAUAACUGUGGUCUAUGGACCUCAGCAAGAUGCCCAGAAAAUUGAGUUCAUCACUGAGCUACAGGAAAUAAAGCAACUGGUUAUGUCACCUUGGCUGCUAAUAGGAGAUUUCAAUCUAAUCUAUAAAACCUCAGACAAGAACAACAGCAGGCUAAAUAGAAGUAUGAUGCAGAGGUUCAAAGGAACUUUAGACAGAUUGGAGGUAAAGGAACUGCCUCUUUCAGGAAGGAAAUUCACUUGGACACAAGAGUGUGAUAACCCAACCCAAUCAAAAAUUGACCGUGCUUUUUGCUGUCCUGAUUGGGAUGUUCUUUUCGACUCAGCACAAAUGUAUGCCCUCUCUUCUUCCUGUUCAGACCACGCCCCCUUAUUCAUAACAGGCUGUGUGGAAAGAGAGCAAAAUAACUCCUUCCGUUUCGAGUCCUUUUGGCUAAAGUUCCCAAACUUUCUUCAGAUAACAGAGGAGUCCUGGAACAGACCUUUACAGACCACCAAUCCUUUUGCACGAAUUAAUUUAAAGCUAAGAAGGCUUGCAAGAGAUCUCAGAAGAUGGAAAUCAACCAAAAUAGGAGACACGAGAUUGCAGCUGGCAAUUGCGAAUGAAGUAAUCUUUCAAUUAGAUGUUGCUCAAGAGGAUAGAGUUUUGUCGGAUGAAGAACAGUGUUUUCGAAAAUUUUUGAAAGUAAGAGUGCUUGGCCUGGCAGCUAUGGAGAAAAUUCGCUUAAGACAAAGAGCCAGGAUCACAUGGCUAAAACAUGGGGAUGUCAAUUCAAAGUUCUUCCAAAUCAAGGCGAACGGUAGAAAGAGAAAAAACCACAUCCUGCUCCUCCAAACACCGAUUGGUAUUGCUUUCACAAAAAACCAGAAAGAAGAAGUGAAGCGAUACUUCACUCAAAACCUAGGUUCUUUUGGCCCUAGAAAUCAACGACUAAACUGGGCUGCCCUCAACAUACCUUCUUUAGAUCUCUCAGAUCUUGAUGAGCCUUUCACUGAAGAAGAACUUAAAUAUGUCAUUUCUGAUCUACCCUCGGAAAAAGCCCCUGGCCCGGAUGGUUUCAUUGGGGCUUUUUUCAAGCUGGGAUAUAAUUAAAAUAGAUAUGCUGCAGGCAGUAACUUUCUUUGGAGAUUUGGGAUACUCAAGGCUACAGGACCUAAACUCAGCACAUAUUUGUCUCAUUCCCAAAAAGACUGAUGCUUCGAAAGUGGAAGAUUUUCGACCGAUAAGCCUAAUUCAUAGCUUUGCAAAGAUAAUUGCCAAACUGCUAGCCAACAGGCUUGCACCUAAGCUAGGAGAUUUGGUCUCCCAAAGUCAAAGUGCGUUUAUUAGGAAAAGAGCAAUUCACGACAAUGUCCUGUUCGUCCAAAACAUGAUCAAAGCAUGCCAUAGAGCAAAAAAGCCAACUCUUUUCCUUAAAGUUGACAUUUCGAAAGCCUUUGACACAGUUAAUUGGCCAUAUCUGCUAGAGGUCCUACAAAACUUCGGUUUUGGUCAGAAAUGGUGUAAUUGGAUUUCUAACUUGUUGGGUACCUCCUCCUCGGCAAUUCUCCUGAAUGGCACCCCAGGGCAGGUAAUAGAACAUGCAAGAGGGCUCCGUCAGGGAGACCCCCUCUCCCCCAUGCUUUUUAUUCUUGCAAUGGAACCUCUACAUAAAUUGUUUCUAAAGGCAGAAGAGUCUGGACUUCUGUCAAGUCUCCAAAGACAAAGACGUUUCAGAUGUUCUCUUUACGCGGAUGAUGUUGCCCUUUUCAUAAAGCCAAAUCGAGACGAGAUGCUAGUUCUUCGUGGUAUUCUCUCUGUUUUUGCAGAAGCCAGUGGUCUUUACACAAACAUGGAAAAAACAGAGAUAUACCCGAUUAGCUGCAAUGAGAUCAAUCUUGAUGACUGUCUAUCCAUCUUCCCAGGCAGAGUUUCAAACUUCCCAUGUAAAUACCUUGGUCUCCCUUUGCACACAAGAAAAUUAAGAAAAGUAGAACUUCAGCCUUUGGUGGAUAAAGUGGGAUCAAGGAUACCUGGUUGGCAAGGUCGAUUCUUCACUUCGGCUGGCAGAGAAGUGUUGGUCAAAAAUACUUUGUCCUCAACCCCAAUUUACCACUUAACGAUUCUACAACAAAAUAAAUGGCCAUACAAGCGAAUUGACAGAUUUAGACGAGCUUUUCUUUGGAAAGGAAAAGACCCUGAAAAUGUUAGUGGGGGCAGCUGCCUUCUCAACUGGUCCUCUGUUUGCAAACCCAAAUCUCUUGGAGGACUUGGAACCCUCAAUUUGGAGAAAUUCGCGCGGGCUCUACGACUCCAUUGGCUUUGGUAUGAAUGGAAAGAUGAACAUAAGCCAUGGAUUAACAUGGAAAUUCCAUGUGACGAGAUGGAUAGAAUUCUGUUCAGGGCAAGCACGCAGAUCUCUCUUGGAAAUGGAAUGAAAUGUAAGUUUUGGUCAGACAACUGGCUACAGGGAAGGGCUCCUAAAGACUUGGCACCAAAUAUUUUCAGAUUAGCAAAAAGAAAAGCAAAUUGUGUAGCUCUAGAGAUGCAAAACAACCACUGGAUCACUUCUUUAAGGAUGAUCACCUCGAUUGAAGAGAUCAAUGAAUUAGUCUUCUUGGGAACCCAGCUGCAAGAGAUCAACCUACACUGUAACUCUCUAGAUAACAUAACCUGGAAAUGGACUCAACAUGGAGAGUACACAGCAAAAAGCGCUUAUGAAAUUCAGUUCCAAGGCUCUGUUGUAAACAAAAACUUUAUGCCACUUUGGAAAGCUGAAGCUGAACCAAAACACUGUUUCUUCGGUUGGCUGAUCCUACAUCAAAGAACCCUCACAGCGGAAAACCUUUUAUUAAGGCAUUGGCCAUGUGAUUGGAUAUGCAGUCUCUGCACAGAAGCUUUUGAAGAUGCAAAUCAUUUAGCAAAGGAAUGCAGUUUCACUAUCUUGGUCUGGAACCAGGUUUGCUUGUGGCUAAAUUUCUCACAAGUUCCAAAUCACCUUGUGCAUUAGAACAUCUCAGAUUGGUGGGAAUCUUUAGUAGUUUCAUUUCAAGGAAACAGAAGAAAGAAGCUAAUAGGAGCCCUUCUAACAACCUGGUGGCAUGUGUGGCUUGAACGUAACAGAAGAAUUUUUCAGCAAAAACAUCUUAGUGCCACACAAGUAGCUUUUAUGGUUAAAGAAAAUAUAGAUCUUAUGCAGAUCUUGCGCCAAACCUAAAGGUUUGUGCCUUGCGAAAGUUGUUUCUUCUUUGCCUGUAAUUUUUUUUUAAA